AUGGAUUCCAACCAAGUCCGACCUGAUUGCAUCGGAUCUAUCGAUCUCGAACUCCUCAGAUCGGGCAAAUCGAUGACGUCAAGAGAGGUCGAUAAUCUCGAUAAACGCUCCCAUACCUCGCGAGGAACGAUUAACAGUCCCACUAUCACCGCAUUCGAGGAUACACCACAGAAAGGGGAAAUCUUGACUUUCCACGAGCUAGAAACUGUAAAGCUCGAUAUGCCCCACGAUGACGCCUUAGUGAUCGCAUUAGAAGUAGGAGGUGUCGCCCUCUCGAAAAUUUUCGUCGAUACCGGAAGUGCUGUUAACAUCAUUUCACAAGAAACGCUACGGUCACUCGAACAACCGGCCCCAAAGAUCAGACGAGAAGCGACCCCCCUCGCCAGUUUCGAAGGAAGGUCGAUCCUUUCGCUCAGGGUCGCAUUAUUAACUACGAAAGCCUGUGACCUGAAGCGAAAAACAGAAUUCACUGUAGUCGAUCUUCCCAUGCCUUUUGAUGCCAUUGUAGGACGCCCCUGGUUACACCAGAUGAGGGCAGUUCCCUCAGUUUAUCACCAAUGCGUGAAGUUUAUGUCUCCAACCGGAGAAAAGACCAUACUCGGAAGCCAGAAACAAGCUCGAGCCUGUUACAUGUCCGAAUUACAAAAAAUGCCACAGAAGGAGGACAAUAUCCCACUCGCACGCGACCUCUCGGUCAAAGACCCCGCCAAAGAUCUGUGGGAACAGAAAUUUGCACUAUCAAUUUCCGUUUAA